CGCGCGACGCUUCCCGCCUCUUCUCGCGAGAUCGGCGGCGGCCGGUGUCAUGGCGGCGGCGGCGUCGGAGGAGCUGGAGGUGGACAUCGAAGGCGACCCGGCGGCGGCGCCCGGGGAGGCGGUGGCGGGAGAUCAUGAAAACACAGCUUCAAGCUUGCUGCAGGAUCACUAUCUUGAUUCAUCUUGGAGAACUGAUAACAGUCUUCCGUGGACGUUGGACAGCAGCAUCAGUGAAGAGAAUAGGGCUGUCAUUGAGAAAAUGUUGCUGGAAGAAGAAUAUUAUUUGUCUAAUAAGUCGCUUUCUGAAAAAAUAUGGCUCAAUCAAAAGGAAGCAGAGAAAAGAUCUCUGAAAAGCCCACAUAAGAAAACAGGAAAAGUCAUGGUGCGAUCACCUACAAAAUCAGCAAGCUACUCAUUAAAGUGGACAACAGAGGAAAAAGAACUGUUUGAGCAAGGAUUGGUGAAAUUUGGCCGCCGGUGGACAAAAAUUGCCAAGUUGAUUGGAAGCCGUACUGUGCUACAAGUGAAGAGCUACGCUCGGCAGUAUUUUAAGAACAAGGCAAAAAAUGGUGAUUCUGAAAAAGAAGAGCAAGGCCAGUGUGGUAGCAGUCUUCCCAUUGAAGAUGGGAUAAGGGUAGAAGCGUGGUCGUCUGGAAACUUGAGAGGCCGCGCAGACCCCAACCUGAAUGCAGUGAAAAUUGAAAAGCUGUCUGAUGAUGAAGAAGUAGACAUAACCGACGACAUGGAUGAACUAAUUUCUCCUACCUUCCAGCAAGAAACUGGAAAAUCUGAAUUAUCUGUUCUUUCAAAAAGUCCACUUGAAGAAACGAAAGGAACGGAACCUGCUCUUUCAUCUGUUGGACACAGUUCUGCAAUUUCUUUACCUAAAGAGGAUCCUCAACACACCAAGCAAGAUACGGUGGAUGCGUUGGUAUUUCCAGGUGUUGCAGCAACGUGUUCUCAGCACCUGAAUGGUGAUAAAUCAGUGAAUUUAGAUUACCAGCAAUGCAAUAAUUUUAUUGAGAAAGCUGAACAGGGCAGACGAGUAACAUCUCACGGCACUGGACAAGUAACUGAUGGGGAGCCUAAUGAGGAACAGAGGGACCUGACUGAUAAUGGAUUGCUUUUUCCUUCUCCCUGCCAAGUGGAUGAAGAUCAUCAGGAGGAAGCGGAGGAGCUUAAGCCCCCUGAUCAAGAAGUGGAGGUUGACAGAAGCAUCAUUCUGGAAGAAGAAAAGCAAGCUAUUCCCGAAUUUUUUGAAGGGCGCCAGGCCAAAACACCAGAGCGUUAUUUGAAAAUUAGGAAUUAUAUUUUGGAUCAAUGGGAAAGAUGCAAACCCAAAUACCUGAAUAAGACUUCAGUACGUCCAGGCCUGAAGAACUGCGGGGAUGUUAACUGCAUUGGACGGAUCCACACCUACUUGGAGUUAAUAGGGGCCAUUAACUUUGGCUGUGAACAGGCGGUCUAUAACCGACCCCAGCCGGCUGACAAAACCCGCUCCAAGGAAGGCAAAGACACGGUGGAGGCCUACCAGCUCGCUCAGCGCCUGCAGUCCAUGCGCACGAGACGGCGGCGAGUGCGAGACCCCUGGGGAAACUGGUGCGAUGCAAAGGACCUGGAAGGACAGACAUUUGAGCAUCUGUCCGCUGAAGAAUUAGCGAGAAGAAGAGAGGAAGAAAAACUGAAACCUGCAAAAUCUUCUAAAGGUUCAAGACAAAUAAAAAGUUCCUUUGAUCCCUUUCAGCUGAUACCGUGCUGUUUGUUCACUGAAGAGAAACAGGAACCUUUUCAGGUGAAAGUGUCUUCCGAAGCACUUUUAAUAAUGGAUUUGCACUCACACGUGUCUAUGGCAGAAGUGAUAGGGCUGCUGGGUGGAAGAUACUCGGAAGCCGAUAAAAUUGUAGAAGUUUGCGCAGCGGAGCCGUGCAACAGCCUGAGCACGGGGCUGCAGUGCGAGAUGGACCCGGUGUCCCAGACGCAGGCCUCGGAGACGCUGGCUGCCCGCGGGUACAGCGUCAUCGGGUGGUACCACUCCCACCCCGCCUUCGACCCCAACCCCUCCAUACGGGACAUCGACACUCAGGCCAAGUACCAGAGUUACUUCUCCAGGGGUGGCGCCAUGUUCAUUGGAAUGAUUAUAAGUCCUUACAAUCGCAAUAAUCCUCUUCCCUAUUCUCAAAUUACUUGUCUAGUAAUUAGCGACGAGAUCAGUUCUGAUGGUUCCUACCGCCUGCCCUACAAAUUUGAAGUACAGCAGAUGGUGGAGGAACCUCAGUGGGAAUUAAUAUUUGAAAAAACAAGAUGGAUAAUUGAAAAAUACAGAUUUUGCCAUAGCAGCGUCCCCAUGGAUAAAAUCUUUCACAGAGAUUCUGACCUCACUUGUUUGCAGAAACUGUUGGAGUGCAUGAGGAAGACUCUGGGCAAGGUGACAAACUGCUUCAUCGCUGAAGAGUUCUUGACUCAGAUAGAAAACUUAUUCCUCUCCACGUACAAGGGUGAGAAGAAGAGCAAUUCCGAAGAGAAUGAGCACGAACAAAUGAAACACUGAUGUGAUGGCUUUAACAAAACAAAAUUAGGGAACUUUGAUUUUAUUUUUAAAUUUUCUCCUCCUUCUCCCCAUUAUGUCAACUCUUUCAGAAUUAUUACCCAUUUUAAUAGUGACUGUUACAGAAUCCGGUGGUAUCGUUAUGAAAAAGGAGUUUGAGAAACUCCUACUGUGUGUGACCUGACCUCGUGGGGAACAUUUAAUAUGAACAUUUUGUAAAAAAAAAAAACAAGUGCUACCGAAUGAAUUGCUUGACCCACAGUCUGCUGUUUGGGAAGAAGGACAACCCGUCAAGAAUCCUGGGCUUCGGCCUUCAAGGAGAGAGGACAAAAUCUCAAGUCUUCCCAGUUUGAGAUUUUUCUUUUAUUUUUUUUAUCGGCAGGUCCCCAUCUAACUCAGAAUGAAUUUAUUCCUGAGCGCUUUAGAGACCGUAAGUGUGAGUGCAUUCAUAAAGGAGAAGCUGCACUGAAAGGAAAAUUUUAUAGCGCUGAUUUCACACUUUCCUGGUAUCCAGUCUGAAGUUUUAUUCAGUUGUAGUUUAAUACAUCAGCUGAUUAAUUAUUAUUUUUUUUUUAAUAUAUUUUUUCUCCAUCGAUCCCUACGGUCAGGUAGCUUUUUGGCAUCUCCUUUGCCAUCUUGCUUCUAUACUGGGGAGAGUAAGCUGGGGAGUUUUGGUGACGUCUCGGUAGCGGUUGUGGUUGUUUCCAGUGGAAAUGCUGACUCCUGUCUUAUUACAGGUCCCAAACUUUCAGCUCUUCCCUUCUGCGGGGAGAGAGUGUGUCCUUCUGCCACAUGGUUGUGAUUUGGCCACUUCUAAUUGCUGCUGUUUCCCGUGGAAACAAGAGCUUUUGAUUGAUGGUGACUUUAGUGCAACAAACAGAAAAAUAUUUGUCUUUUUAAAAGCAAAAAAAAAACCCACCAAGUUUUCUAUUCAGUCUCCUCUAUAACGUGCAGUUCAAUAAGAAAACCUACUGGUUUGUAUCGGUUCUUCAGUUAUAAUUUCACGCAAGGAUAUUUCAGAUAAAUUAGUCAUAAACAGAUGGAGAAAUUUCUUGAUUGGAAAUAUUUCGUGAGCUCUGUCACUGUGAAUCUUUAUAGAAGAAAAACAUGCUUAAAAUUUUGCUUUCUAAAUCAUGAGGAAACUUGGACUGUUGUACAGUUAUUACUAUUUACACAGCUUUAUCUUGGGCAAAGUUUGUCAGAGAGGUCUAAGAUAUAUUUGAAAACAUGAAUUAAGCAAGACCUUGAGUUUAUAUCUAGAGGGGUGACAAUGGACUCGAUUAUUAUUUAAAAAAAAAAUAAAUAAAAUGUGUGUAUAUAUCUAGUUCUACAUAACCUAAAUGGAAUUUUAAAAUUUUAUAUGUUUACGUUUUUAACUUCAGCUUUUCCUUUGUAUGAAGAGUUUGAAAAGCUUUAAAACUGUAGAAGUGCAUCCCAAGGAGUGAAGUUAACUUCACUUUUUUUAUCAUGCCUCAUAAAACGUUCGUCUCUCUCUGUUGCUGAGUGGAAGGUGCAGAACCUGAUGGUGUGAAGAUGUGAGCCCUUGGAUAUUAAUAAUAUUACUACUGGUGUAUUAAUUGGAUUUAAGGGUGAUGUUACACACAGCAGUUUGUCUCUCGAGUGGAGGGGGUGGUGCGGUAUCGAGCCUUUGAUCUACACACAAAGACUCCAAAUUUCCUAGGGAGUUCCUGGGCAGGGUGCUGGGAGCGGGGGGAAAUACAACUGGAUUAGGAUGGUACCAGCAGUUGUAUCUCAUGAUAACGGCUGUGAAUUGGAAAUGCCACAUCUGUGAUGCCAAGUCAUAAUUUUGUUGAAAAUAACUAACCUGCUUUUCAUAAUUUGACUGUGUGAUUAAUAAUCAGAGUUUGGAAGUUGCAUGCUUCUGAAAAGAUAAAAAUCUCUCUUACUAACAUUACCAAGUUCUGCUACCAAACACAUACAAGGCAUUAAAUAUUUUUAUUGGGAAGCUCA